UUAUCUUUAAUUUUUUUUAAAUCCACUUGAUGUAAAAUUUAAAAAAAAAACUAAAAUUAUUUUAAAAUUAUGCCCUUGUUUCGUCUACCUCUUUGAAUAGCGUUUACGCCAUUUCGUAGGAUACAUGACCAAUACAUGAGCUCCACCCCUCCACCAACUUUAUAGGGGAUACCUCGGGGGAUACUGUACCGCGUCGCACAUGUGUGGAGAGGUUGCCUACUCGCCCCUCCCCGCCGCCCACCCGCCUUGCGAUUCUGAUUCAAUUUCUUUCUUUUUGUGAAACAAUUAGAAGUCAAGCGCAGCGGUGCAACUUGGCGUGCAUGUUUCUCAGUGCGCGGCGCUGGUUAUGACAACACGCUCUGCAACACAAACACAGUAGUCUCCCCGCCCCGCCCCGCCCCGCCCCGCCACGAGCCGCCCCACGUGGGGCCCAGCAGUGGCCGCCCUCUGUGGAUUCCCACCCGGAGGCAUUCAUUACCAACGGCGGGCUGUGUGAAUUACUUGCCUCACACUGACCCUGUCCCGCCGCGCCCCGCCAAGCCCCGCCACGCCCCGCUGGACACUGGAGUGCGUGGGCGGGGCGGGCAGGGGAAGGGCAGCAGAAAUCAGAAGUUCACACAUUUUGACAUUACUUACUACCCAGCAUGGGAUUUUUACACCCGAGAAUUUUUCGGAAAAAUUGAAAACUUUUCCAGGAUUUUUUUCCUUCUGAAUUAAAUGAAACUUUUCAGAGAAAGUUCAGGCAUUCAAAAAAUUAAAAAUCUUGAAAAUUUUCUUACCCUACUUCCCUGGAAAGUAAACAUCAACAUCCCUCUACCCAGCACGCGAACCUUAGUGACGCGCUUUUUUGUUCUGUGUUAAAAAUAAUGUUUGAUGUCUUGCUUGUUUUGAAACAAUAACAACACACGUUUCAGCAAAUGGACGACGACGACAUGAUGACGAGCGGCCCGGUGGAGUACCCCACCUACCACGAGGUCCCGCGCGGCCUCAGCUUCAAGUGCCGCGACCGGGGCCCAGGCUACUACGCGGACCCCGAGACUCAGUGCCAGGUUUGGCACUGGUGCCUGCCCUCCGGCCAACAGUUUAGCUUCCUCUGCCCGAACGGCACAGUCUUCAGCCAAGCCGUGCGGGUGUGCGACUGGUGGUUCAACGUGGACUGCCCUCACAGCCCCGACCUCUACUCCAUCAACAACGACCUGUACAAGGACAAGGAUGGCAACCUCAUCUGAAGCUAGUUAGAGAAAAGUAGAGCAAAAUUCUAGGCAAAGAUAGAGAAAUUAUUCGAAAUUUUGUUGUUUGUCUAUUUGUUGACAAUGUCAAGUAAGAAUAUUUUUUACUAACUGUGUCAUCCUGUGUUUCCUAUUUAUUUUGCGUUUCAUGCCGCGCAAGAAAAUUUGCUGAUUUUAUCUCAUUGAGUAUAAAGAGGGUGCCAAUACGUAUGCAGGAUGAGACAUAGUACCUGUAUCACGAUUACUGUACAUAGUAAUAUAGGAGAUCAUGCUUAUGUCACUGGCGCACCAUCAAGGAAACAUGAGUGACAUAAGCUGUUUUUAGUCAUAAAGCUAGCAAGAAUCAAAAUUAGGCUGGGUGAUAUUUUGUACGGAUGGUAAUGUCGGUGCAAAAUGUUGACCAAAUCGUAGCAAAAUUUUACGUAUCUUGUAAACAAUAGGUUAAGAUUAUUUUAAGUAGAUUAAUAACUGAGGGGUAUAGAGUAAAUUUUUAUAUUUAAAUUAAUCAUAAAAGAAAUUUUAGAAUCAUGUACUCAUAACAAUGAGCAUUAUUUUUCUUAUUUGUAUUUUUCUAAUGUAUUUAUCCUGACUACAAAUAAAUAUUUUAUCUAA